AUGUCAGCCACCUUAAGGGCAACCGUGGAAGGGUUCAAAACUGGCCUGGACACCCAUUACCUCCCGCAAAACUUUCGAGACGCCAUCUACGCUACCCGAAGGUUGGGCCUCAAGUUACUUUGGGUCGAUGCACUUUGUAUCGUACAAGACAAUGCUGCGAGCCGCGACCUAGAAGUCAGCAACAUGGGAAGCUACUACCGAAAUGCUUUCGUCACGCUCUCCAUACUGAGCGCACAAGACUCCCAUGUCGGCUUUCUCAAACCCCGAGAGUCAGUAUCAACGAUCAGUCUGGGUGAGAACCUUCAUCUUCGUCGAGCGCGGCCCACUUGGAGCGAAGUGCUUCAGGAAUCCCCACUGAACAAACGAGCGUGGGUAUUGCAGGAACGAUUGCUGUCAAGGAGAGUCGUGCAUUUCGAGAAGAACGAGAUCUUCUGGGAGUGUCUCGAGACCUCUGCAAGAGAAGGUAGUUUGGAGGAGAACCCAGAAGCAUGGCAAGAGGGCGAGUGGUCCAACGAGAGCUUCAAGCGCUGCCUUACUUUCGCCAACAAUUCGGCCGUGGGGGAGUUUGGCAGACAUGUGCCGGAAAGCGAGGCCUUUAUGAUGCAAUGGUAUCGCAUUAUAUUUUGCGAAGUCACCCAUUUUACAUAUAAGGCUGGCUUCUGGAGAGAACAUGUCCAUGCUGGCCUCCUCUGGUAUGCCGACGGAUCGCUCAUGCCCGUGCGACGGGUUACCGCUAGCUCCAGUCCACCUUCUUGGUCGUGGGCUUCUCUGGAUGGCCCAGUAAACAUGAUCUUCAGCCGCGAAUCAAGGACGAUCGACACCCAACUUGCAGCCACGGUGCUUGAACACCAACCCAAGCUCGAGCGAGCCGUUACUUCCUUUGCGCAUAUUGGGGAUGGCGUUCUGAUGCUGGAGGCCUAUAGCCUCGACGUUGUCUGCCGCUCGUGCUCAGACGGAAGCGCUCCAUACAGCGACCCUUAUCUUCGCAUGGUGGUCGAGAUUUUCGACGAGCGUGGUGUCUGUAUCGGUACAGGCUACCACGAUCGCAUCCCAGAAAACUGUAAUACCCAAUGCAUGGCUCUGAUCGUAUCGCAGAGAGUGAACACAAACUUCAGUAGCACUCCCAUUACUUACUUCCUGCUGGUUGUUGAGUCGCACCGCUUUGCGGAGACCUGCUACGAGCGAAUAGGCAUCGCGCAGACAGCCGAUAAGACUUACGGUCAUGUACUGGACACGUUGAACAUCAAGCCUGAGCAGAAGAGAAAGGUUAUACUUGUCUAA